AUGUUAGGACUUCUUGCAGCAGCUCUAGGAGCUGCUGCAGGAGGCUUUGCACUACUAGUUAUUGUCGUCGUCGUCGUAAUAGUGCUUUGCCUACGGCAUCGCAAAAGAACUUCAGACUCUUCAGAAAGUAGUUCAUCAGGUCAAGCUCUACCAGAGUCGCAAGGAGCAAGAUGUCUUAGUUUGGCGGAAUUGAAUUUUGCUACAAGGCACUUCAGCAAUGCGAAUCUUAUUGGACAAGGAAUGUUUGGAGAGGUAUACAAGGGUUUGCUCCAGGAUGGCACAAUAGUAGCUGUUAAAAGACGGCAUUCUCCUCCUAGCCAGGAAUUCAUUCAAGAGGUUAAUUACCUAGCAUCUCUCUGUCACCGAAACCUUGUAAAACUUUUGGGGUACUGCCAGGAGGAUGGCAUGCAGAUGCUUGUUUAUGAGUAUAUCCACAAUGGCAGCGUCUCAACACAUUUACAUGGUAACAGCCAUGCUGCAGGUUUAAGGUUAGAAUUCAAGCAGAGACUUUCUAUUGCUCAUGGCACAGCUAAAGGCCUGAGUCACCUGCACUCGCUGACACCCCCUGCGAUCCAUAUGAACUUCAAAACUUCUAAUGUACUUGUGGAUGAGGAUUUCGUACCAAAAGUUGCAGAUACUGGGAUUCCAGGCAUGCUUGAUCGACUUGGUGUUACAGGACUGUCUUCCAGAACAUCUACUGAUCCUUUCGUUGAUCCUCGAAUGAAAGAAGCCAUGAACUUGAAAUUUUCCAUACAAAGCGAUGUAUACAGUUUUGGUGUUUUCCUUCUGGAGUUGGUUAGCGGACGGAAAGCUGUAUCUGAUCAAAGCAUCAUUCAAUGGGUACAGAACUUCCAGGAAUCAAGUGAUAUCUCCGUGAUUGCAGACAACAGAAUGGCCAGUGGCUUUACCUCAGAAAGCAUGAAGGAACUGCUGCGCUUGACAUCAUGGUGUGUUAAUCCAAUGAGCGAGCAGCGUCCGUCGAUGAGCUUGGUGGAGGCUGAAAUACACCGGAUUCGCGAGCAGGAGAUCAGCCUCACAACAGUCAUGACAGAAGGCACCCCAACUGUGACUCUAGGCAGUCAGCUCUUCAGAACAUCAAGGUGA